UGGAUAAUUUUUCUACUGUGUGUCUGAUAUUUUACUUCAAUUAAAAGUUGAACACGAUGGUGGAUCAUAACCUAUCACGGGAAUUUCUUCACGCUUGCCAAAGCGGAGAUUUACAUAGAGUGGAAACUCUUGUAUCGAAAUACGACAUCGAAGACUGGACGGUUUUCCGGCAUUCAACUUCCGGCGACACUGCUUUACACGUUGCCUCGCGCGAGGGACAUUUGAAUAUCGUUCAAUAUUUAUGCGAAUCGUUCAAGAAACCUGAUUACCGAGUUGACGUUGCUAACAAAGAUAUGAAGAGGCCAUUGCACGAGGUGGCGCAAUUUGCUCGCAGUGAAGUCUUAAAUUAUCUGAUUGAAAAAGGCGCCACCGUGGACCCUUUAAAACGCGCCGAUUGGACUCCACUCAUGUUGGCGUGUACUAAAACCGGAAGUAAAGCUUGUAGCUGUAUCGCCAACCUGUUAGAAGCGAACGCGAAUCCGCUUCUUCGAAAUAAAGACGGCUGGACAUCGUUGCACAUUGUGUGUCGUUCUGGCGAUUUAAAUGCUUUCGAUUUAUUACUGAAACACUCGAUUAGCUGCAUCAACGAUAGAAGCAAUAAUGGCCGCAGCGCCAUGCACAUUGCUGCGUUUCACGGUCACGAGCCAUUGAUCGAACGACUCGCGACGGUGAAUUCCGAUUUCCUAAACGCGAAAGAUUCAUCAGGAUCCACUCCACUUCACGAAGCGAUAAAGGGUGGACAUUUAACUGCGUCGGUACGACUCGUUAAAUUGGGAGCCGAUGUAGGAGCCACGGACAACGUGGGUCAGACGAUCUUACACGUGGCCGCGUUAACUGGAAACACCUGCGCCGUUCGAUAUAUUUUAAAAAACAAUUUAAUCGACGUGCACACGGUAGCAUUGUUUAACGUGACGCCAUUGGUUGCAGCCCGUAGAAGCAACCACGCAGACACGAUUAAGUGUUUAAUCGAAUUCGGCGCUGUGAAAUAA